CAUCAUUGAUGGGUGGCACUGAUGGGCAGCACUAAUGAGGUGUCACAGAUAGGUGGCACUGAUAGGCGACACUGAUAAUGGGUACUGAUAGACAGCACUGAUAGGUGGCACUGACUGACAUCACUGCUGGGCACUGACUGGCACAACCGCUGGGCACUGACUGGUGGCACUGACUGGCAGCACUGCUGGGCUGCACUGAUGGGCACUGGUGGGUGGCACUGGUGGGCGGCACAGGUGGGCGCACUGUUGGGCACAGGUGGGUGCAUUGCUGGGCACAGGUGGGCGCACUGCUGGGCACAGGUGGGCACACUGCUGGGCACAGGUGGGCGGAACUUGUGU